GGAUCCGGGCUCGGGAACGGGGAGGGCGCUCGGCGGUGGGGCCGGGCCGCCGAAAUGGCUCUCCCUGGGGUGUUUUCUGAGGGGGUCACAGGGGCUGUGUGGAGGUUGUAAGUGAGGAGAGUGAGGAGGAAAGCAAUGGUGUCAACUUGAUGGAGUUCUCAGAUGAGAUCCUUCUGCACAUCCUCAGCUACGUCCCUUGCACAGACCUUGUUCUGAAUGUCAGGAGAACCUGCAGGAAACUCGCAACACUUUGCCUUGACAAGAGUCUGACGCAUACAGUUCUCCUUCAGAAGGACUAUAAGGUGAACAAAGACAAAGUGAAGCAGCUGAUGAGGGAUAUCGGGAAGGAGAUUUACCAGCUGAACAUGGCCGGGUGCUACUGGCUGCCCAGCUCCACCAUCGAUCACGUAACACGCUGCAAGAACCUGGUGAAGCUCAACUUGUCCGGGUGCCACGUCACCUCUCUCCGGCUCUCCAAGAUGCUCUCCACGCUCCAGCACCUGCGCUCCCUGGCCAUCGAUGUCAACCCGGGCUUUGAUGCCAGCCAGCUGAGCAGUGAGUGCAAAGCCACCCUCAGCCGUGUCUCGGAGCUGAAGCAAACCCUCUACACGCCGUCGUACGGCGUCGUCCCGUGCUGCACGAGCCUUGAGAAACUGCUGCUUUAUUUUGAGAUCCUCGACCGCUCGCGAGAGGGGUUCAUGCUCUCUGGGCAGCUGAUGGUGGGCGAGAGCAACGUGCCCCACUACCAGAACCUCCGCAUCUUCUACGCCAGGCUGGCUCCUGGCUACGUCAAUCAGGAGGUGGUGAGGCUGUACUUGGCAGUGCUGAGUGAUCGGACGCCUGAGAACCUCCACGCCUUCCUGAUCUCUGCCCCCGGCAGCUUUGCGGAGACGGGAGCCACCAAAAACCUCCUGGACUCCAUGGCUCGAAAUGUACGUCUGGAUGCUUUACAAUUGCCCAAAGCCUGGAUUAAUGGCUCUGGGCUCCUGCAACACUUGAAGUUCAACAACCCUUUCUACUUCAGCUUUAGCCGAUGCACCUUAUCUGGUGGGCACCUGAUCCAGAGGGUGAUUAAUGGAGGGAGGGAUCUUAAAAGCCUGACCAGUUUGAAUCUCAGUGGCUGUGUUCACUGUCUGGCUCCGGAGUCCUUGUUUCGGAAAGCGGAAGAUGACAUUGACAGCAGCAUUUUGGAAAGCCUGGUAGUGUCUUGCUGCAACCUGAGGCACCUCAACCUGUCUGCAGCCCACCAUCACAGCUCCGAAAGCAUCGGGAACCACCUGUGCCAGCUGCUGUCCAGGCUAAAGCACCUGCUCUCGUUAGCACUGCCGGUUUGCUCCAUCACAGAUGUUGCUGCAACCGUGGAGAAGCCUCCCACGGCUCCUAGUUUGGUGCCCCAAACGUUUGGAAGGAAAGUUCGGAUUGGGAUACAGGCAUAUCCAAGGAACUUAGCGGACCAGGCAAAUCAGAAGAUAGAGUCCUCAGUGUUCUGGGCUCUGAUGGGAAGCCUCCGGUUUUUGGAAACCUUGGAAAUAAUUGGGUCCAGUUUCUCCUCUGCCAUGCCCCGCAACGAGCCAGCAAUUCGGAACUCGUUGCCUCCUUGUGUCAGGGCACAAAGCGUGGGGGAUUCAGAGGUGGCUGCCAUUAGCCAAUUGACUUACCUGCAGAGCCUCACCUUAGCACAGCUGCCAAAUAUUCUCACUGGCUCUGGGCUCGUUAACAUCGGGCUGCAGUGCCAGCACCUGCGGACUCUUUCCUUGGCCAACCUGGGCAUGAUGGGGAAGGUGGUCUAUAUGUCUGCUCUCAUGGACAUGCUGAAACACUGCAAGUGUUUGAGAGAUCUCAGGCUGGAACAGCCGUACUUCUGUGCGGGCGCCCAGUUCUUCCAGGCACUGAGUCACUGCUCCUCUCUCCAGCGGCUUUGCAUCGUCUCCCGGAGCGGGACUCUGCAGUCUGACGCAGUGAUGUCAUUCAUGGCCAACUGCCUUGAGGUCAUCAUGUGCCACAUGUUUAUGGGAGAAUCUCUUACCGUUUGCAAAAAUCUCCAGCAAUCCAUUGUGCGGAGUUUCCAGGCAGAACGCCCUGCAUUAAAUGUCGUCAUUUUCCCUCUGCUUCAUGAGGACUUGACAGAGGUCAUCAGAGAUGUCCCCAUGCGGCACUUGGAUGAAAUUACCUUGUUUAAGAGCAGAGUGGCCGAGGAACCUCCCAAUUUGUGGUGGUGACUGUCACAGCAGGGAAAGGACAAGUCAGCGUGAACACGUGGAAUAGCUUCUUGUUGGCCUGGAUUGCCCGUCUUCGGCUCCUGGCCACCUCACUGGAUGCUGUACAAUCACUUUAACCAGGUGCAAUUGCAAAAUAAUAAUAAAGAAAAAAGCUGGUCCUUUGCAGUGGGGAAAAAUCUGUUGGAUGUUUGCUUGCAUCUGAAAAUCCUGUCUCAAAGGCUUCUGGAAUCUUGAUGAGUAUUUCCUUGCGGUUGAUAUGAAUUGUUUCGUUAUUUUGCUGAAGUUAAAGGUAAGAGAGACUGACUUAACGAUGCUCUUUCCCCCGUGUCGCCUGGUGUCUUUCCCAAGGGCCCCUGUGUACGUUGGCAGUGUGCUUUGUGAUGUUGGUGGAAAUCAUUCUUUGCUUCGGUCUGUUUUUGGCAAAGUAGAAAGCCUAGGCCAGCUGAGAGGCACAAAAAUGUGUUGCUCAAUUGAAGUGCAUCACAUCUUUUCUAUGUUACAAAUAGGCAUUUGUAGUCACACACGUGCAGUCCUGGAUAUUUAAAGGGGUUUUUUGAUGGAGAAGUACCACAAGGACUCUUCUUUUUAUUUUUAAAUAACGAAUUAAGGUCAUUAACACCUCAAUCAUGGUAUGUUCUUGCUGAUGCUGUUUCCAGUGGUCUGGUGGAAGAAGUUCUCAGCUCUUUUGGAAAUCCUUGUCUUAGGGUAGAUGGUGCCUACAGUAAAUAAGUUGAGGCUCAGAUCUGAUUUAUAUGCAGUCUGUCUUGCAGUGUAGAUGGGAAUGUAGUGUUCCAGUUCUGUCCUUAUAUCCCAUGCCUUGAGCUCAUGCUAAUUUUAGAGAUGUUAUGAAGUAUUUUCACAGUGUGAUUUCAGUCGGCUUCUCUGCUCCACAGAACUUCCUCAGGCAUCAGUAGUGGUCUGGAUCACUUUCAUAUUGCCUUAUUUACUGAGCACUUUUGAAAGCAUCAGACAGCUGUACCAAAAGCCAAGUAAUGAAUUCCUGGAGCUACAUUUCUGGGUGGCAUAAUUUCCCUUGGUAGCAAACCAGGUCUUUCUUCUGCAAAGCAGCUACUGACCAGAGCUGUCUAAAUUCACCUAAAUCCCGAAUGUGUUGAGCAGUGCUUUCCUGGGGAGGCCCAGAGUUGUCCAAAGAUGAUAUCCCCAUCUCCUUGUCAGCAUUUUCUGCACAAGAUGCCAUCUCCCAAACAAUGUUCUGCCCUCAGCGUUCAUAGGAGCCCUGGUCUGAUGGGCUAGAUUUGAGAGUAAAGUGCAUCUCCCAGCUUUGCAGGACUUUCCCUCCUUAUUUUCCUGUCAGCCAGGUGUGAGCCUGCCUAAAAGUCUGUCCUGCAGGUGUAAAUCUUGAGCCAGGCUGUGAUAACCCUUGUGCUUGGAGAGGUUACAGUAUAAGGAGCAGGUAAAUGUCAGGCUCCUGCUGGCACAGGUCUGUGCCUCGAUGGAACCGAGCCCUGCAUGGUUUGCUGGGGUUCCCUCCCUUCCCCUCUCAGGACAGGGAGCCAGCACAGUCUCUGGUUUGCAGUUGGCAGCAGGAUGGCGAGGCUGGCUCGUGCUCCUCUGGGAAUGCUGCAGCUGAGCUCUGAGCCCUCCAGAAGCGUUUGAGGCUCUGCCUCAGGUUUGGCUCCGUGCAGGUGAGUGUCAGGAGCUGGUGCCCUGUUCUUGGCAUCCUGCUGCUCUUUUCCCUCCCAUUCUCCCUGAUGAGGUCAUUCUUUCUACCUCUUGUCAUAUUACUUGCCUGUUUGAAUCCCUCUCUCCCUUUCCAAUAGCUUUCUGCUCUCCUUCUACCCUCACUUCAGCGCAUCUGAUGGAUGUUUUGGCAGAAACAUGAGCUGCUGCUCUGUCCAGUUCAGGCCACUUCAGCUCUGCCUGGUUUUUGUCCAGGUUUCUUUCCUAGGAUAGCUAGUGAGGGUUAGAGAGAGUGUUUGCAAAGCUACUUUCACCUCCUUGCCUGAAGCAUUGGCAAAGCUGCUUUCUCCUCCUUGUACCUCUGGCUGCAGGGCAGGGCAGAGGGAAGGCUGAGGAUAUGGAACCAGCUCUCUGAUGCCUGAGGGAACCUGUGUAGUCCUGUGAAGGAAUCCCAGCAGUUUGGUACGUGCUACAGGAGCGAGGCUGUUCCCACCCUCAGCAGGGAUUUCCCCUCCACAAACAGGCUGUGGCAUCAGCAAGAGCUUGGUAGUGCUGCCAACUCACCUGUUCCUGUCCCACUGGAAAACCUGGAUGGAGGACAGAGGUGUUCAGAAACCAGCUGUUGCUUGAUAGUGCUGUUAACCCUUUGGUCUUGGGAUUGCAGUCAACUGAUGGAACAGGCUGUUCCUUCAGCUUGGCACAUCCAUAUCCACCUGCCUUGUGUCUUGCUGGAUGGGGGCAGCAAUCAGGCAUGUUUUAUAAUGCUGUUAUUCUGUUGCCUGGGAUAUGUUGUUUAGGCAUCUGUAUUUGUGCAAGUGGGUCAGAAAUCCUGGUGAUGCUACCAGGUACAACCAGGGCUAGGAAAGGUCACCCACAGGUGAUAAAGGUAGUAUCCCAAAUUGUGAUAAAGAGAUAAAAAUUCCUUUCACCCCCAGUUCCGGGCCAGUGCUCGAUAUCUCUACUAGAAAUCCUCUUAUGGUGAGUGAGAAUUUCCGCUGCUUCUGCACUCCAGGCAGGAUUCACCAGAUGUUAAUAAUGUGCUUAUUUUCUCUAAGUGCUAUUUUGGCAUCGGUGUUAAUUACAAUUUAUAUUCUGCAACAUUUACACUGGGAAAAGAACCCACCCUAAUAGUCCCCAAUUGGCAGAGCUGGGCUAUUAAACACAGCUCCAUAUGUUCUGAGCGGAGCAAUGCUUGGGACUCGGAGCCCACUCAGCGCUCAGGCUCCUGCAGGAAGCCGUAGAGGAGAAGAGGGGAGUAGAGAGAUGGGUGUUCUGCACCUGGCUUUUAUUUAAUAUGAAAUCCCCCCUCCUUUUCUCUGUUCUCUGUCCCCAUCUCUCCAGAAAUCUCCCUCCUGCUGUCUGUGAGCAUCUAAUGAGGUGAUCUCUGAGCCUGCUGAUGCUGCUGUCCGUAGUCUAAAACAAAUGAAUUCAAUUCCAGAAGGUGCCCUUCUCACAGGGAGUGCCUCUGCAGGAUCCUAGUCCCUGCUGGCCUGUUCCUUGCUGUGCUCCCAAGCAGACCUCCAAGCUUUGGGAACUGCAGCAGAAGUCUUUGCUUUGAUCACCAACAAGGUGUCCACGCUUCUGUGGGAGAAGGAUACUCUGGGACAGGUGCUGUUAGUGCCUAAAAUCCGCUGUUGUUUGCUGCUCUGCUAUGUCCAAAGUCUUGUUUGGUGAAGUGGCAUUUGGUUCCUGCAGGCUGGGAGGCUCUGGAGUGACAGUGGUUUUGGUGUGGGGAAUUCGGAGUGGCUAAGUCAUCAGUAUUCCCCUGGGUUUCUUAGGAGCAGUGUAGGUUAAAGGAUUGCCUCCUCAGCUGUUUGCAAAGCUGAUUUCAUGGUCUCUUUGGGAAGUGACAGUGUAUCCACUGCUCCGUCUGGGGAAGGAGCUGUGUGGUGACAGCCUUUCCUCCCUUUGGAGAGCUUGGGCUGCAGUCACUUGUCUGUCGGGGAGGGGGUUUGGCAGGAGGAGACGAGAUUGGAGUGAGAGGAGAUAGGGCAGGAUGGAGUCACGGACCUUGCACUGGAAGCCAGACACACUGCAGCUCUCCUGCCUGUGUGAUGAGAUGCACAGGCAGCCGGGGUACUCCAGCAGGAGAAUCAUUUCCAUAGAAACCAAUUGGGAUCUUGUACGGGGAAUAAUGAUUAAUAGUGAAGGGAUGUUGCCUCAGGCCCUUUUCAUUUUUUAGGGGGCAGUGAGGGACAAACUGGGGCACAGGUAAAGGGACAGGCAGACUCGAAAACUAAUGGAAACCAUCCCUUCUAUUAAUUUCCAGGGCAGCUCCCCCUCUUCUCCUCCUACCCAGCCCCCAGUGCUGCUUCCCAGCUUUCGUCAAAUUUUCAAAAUGGCUAACCUGGUUAGAAAUAAUCAUAAUAAUAAAAAAGGAUGGAUGAGGUCUGACUACUAACAUUGUUGCUGUUAGCAGCAGGAUUUCAGCCAUAAAACAUGAAGCAAGGGAGGCAUUGACCUUUCCGCUGUUUGAAAUGAAUGGAGACAUCAAUAUCUAUUGUUUUGUGGCAUUGACCUCUGACGCUCUCGGUUCGCCCUCCCCUUUCUUUUUUUUUAAUUUCCCCCUGACACUCGAGGAAAGGGGUCAGUUUGUACCAUCUAUUGAUCCCGAUCUUACUUGGUGAUAGGGAAAUAAUUAGAAUUUUAAAGAUCUCUGCUGCACGCUGGUGAAAUACAUACAGAGAGGCACAGGCUAAGCCCCUGCUUGCUGCGUUGUGUUCUCCCCCCUUCUUGCAGAGAUCCAAAGCUCUGAGAUCUGAAGGAAGACAGAUCAAUAUAGGUUUAAUCAUUAUGGGGGUUUUAUUUCAGUUUUUUAAAUGGUAAAGUGUAACGUUUUAUGUUAAUGUUGUCGGAGUCUGGCUGCCUGGUGCCUUGUUUUAUUUAUUCUUUUAAGUAGCCCCUUCUUUUGUGAACUUCAUCUAUGUACAGAGAAUGUGAAAUCAGGCAUUGCUAAUUAGCUGUAUGACAAUUAAGUAAUGUAGCACAAAACCAUUAGGACACUGGAUUUGUUUUUGAAGUUUGUCCUUUGAAGUGGAAGCUGCAACUCCCUGCCCAAGGCUGCUGGGGAAAAUGUUUUUCUAUCAAAACUUUCUUUGAAAAUAAAAUGUCAGUGUAAGAGUCCCUAUUUCUGUCAUCUCUCCCUCUAAACAGCGGGUGGAAAUUGUUUCUCCUUGUAAAAACUGCUGGCAUUGAUAGAAAAGGGGAAUUCAGGAAAGCAUUAAAUGGGCAGUUGGUCUCCAAACACCCUCAGUUCUGGUGGAGAUGUUACCAAAAAUGCUUGUUUGGAAGGGAAGGGUGCUGCGUUAGGAGAGAAGACCCAGCUCACGACCUUGGAGAUGGCAAAGGGAGGUGGCCCUAAAACUGUGGGUUCAGCUCUGACACCCCAAGUGCCAUCAAGGUGACAGCCUGGUCACGGACACCGACAAGCUCCUGGGUUUGGGCUCCUCCAUCCGUGCGCUCGUUUGACACUUGUGUUUGCAUCUGGCCCUUUGUCCUCGUAGUGAGUCGAAUUCUGAAUGUGCAACUUUCAUGUACGCUGGUGGCAUGUAAAACUUCAAAUAAAGAGUGAAACAUUUGGAACCAA